CUUGUGGAAGUUUCAGUCUCUGAAAAACUGCCAUGGCCACGGUGGCCCUGUCCCUCCUCCUCUCCCUCCUCGUCUCCCUCCUCUCUCUCCAAUGCCUCCUCACACUCUCCUCCGGCGGCGGCGGCGGGAGGACCUACAUCGUCCACAUGAGCCGCCAUGAGAAGCCAUCUCACUUCCCCACCCACCAAGACUGGUACCUCUCCCACCUCCGCUCUCUCUCCUCCUCCUCCUCCGCCUCCUCCUCCCCCGCCCUCCUCUACUCCUACUCCGCCGCCUACGCGGGGUUCGCCGCCGCCCUCGACCCCUCCCAGGCCGCCUCCCUCCGCCUCUCCCCCUCCGUCCUCGGCGUCUACGAGGACACCCGCUACUCCCUCCACACCACCCGCUCCCCCGAGUUCCUCGGCCUUCCUGCCGAGCUCAGCGCCCGCGAUCCGAACCCGGACCCCAAUUCCGGCGACGUCAUCGUCGGAGUCCUCGACACGGGCGUGUGGCCCGAGUCGAGGAGCUUCGACGACUCGGGCAUGCCCGAGGUCCCCGCCCGGUGGCGCGGCGGGUGCGAGUCGGGCCCCGACUUCGACCCGAGCCUCUGCAACAAGAAGCUUAUCGGGGCUCGCUCCUUCUCCAGAGGCUAUCACAUGGCCUUAGGUGGCAGUUUCUCGAAGAACCCGAAAGAAACGGACUCGCCCCGAGACCAGGACGGGCACGGGACCCACACCGCAACCACGGCGGCGGGGUCGCGCGCGGCGAACGCCAGCCUCCUCGGCUACGCCAGCGGGACGGCGCGUGGGAUGGCCACGCGGGCCAGGGUGGCCUCCUACAAGGUCUGCUGGAGCAAUGGCUGUUUUGGGUCAGACGUCCUCGCCGGCAUCGACCGGGCCAUACUGGACGGGGUCGACGUCCUCUCGCUGUCCCUCGGUGGCGGGUCCGGACCGUACUAUCGUGACACCAUCGCCAUCGGUUCGUUUGCCGCCGUGGAGAGAGGCAUCUUCGUCUCCUGCUCUGCCGGGAACGGUGGGCCGGCACGGGCUUCGCUCGCCAAUGUGGCGCCGUGGAUCAUGACCGUUGGCGCCAGCACUCUGGACCGAGACUUCCCUGCUUACGCUGUUCUUGGCAACAAGAACCGGUUCACCGGAGUGUCGCUUUACAGCGGACCGGGAAUGGGGAAUGAACCGGCCGGUCUGGUCUAUGACAAGGGGUCCAAUGGGUCGGGCAACUUGUGCCUGCCUGGUUCACUUCAACCGGACUUGGUGCGCGGGAAGGUGGUGUUGUGCGACAGGGGAGCCAACGCACGCGUUGAGAAGGGCGCAGUCGUACGUGCCGCCGGUGGGGUUGGGAUGAUACUUGCGAAUACGGCGGCGAGUGGUGAGGAAUUGGUGGCUGACAGUCACCUGUUGCCUGCUGUGACCGUAGGGAGGAAGGUGGGGGAUCUGAUCAGGGAGUACGCAAGCAGCGACCCGAAUCCGACGGCCACGAUUGGCUUCGGAGGGACCGUGUUGGGCGUGCAGCCGUCGCCCGUGGUGGCGGCAUUCAGCUCGAGAGGACCCAAUCUGGUGACGCCGCAGAUACUGAAGCCCGACGUGAUCGGCCCGGGGGUCAACAUACUGGCGGCAUGGUCGGGGGCGAUCGGGCCUACCGGGCUGGAGAAAGAUACGAGGAAGACCCAGUUCAACAUCAUGUCAGGCACGUCCAUGUCAUGCCCACACAUUAGCGGCCUCGCGGCGCUCCUCAAGGCCGCACACCCAAAUUGGAGCCCGAGUGCGAUAAAGUCUGCGCUCAUGACCACUGCCUACACGCAUGACAACACCAAUUCUUCUCUCCGGGAUGCCGCUGGAGGCACUUAUUCCACCCCUUGGGCGCACGGUUCAGGACAUGUCGACCCCCAGAAAGCCCUCUCCCCUGGCCUGGUGUACGAUAUCUCGACAGAUGACUAUGUCGCCUUCCUCUGCUCGUUGGACUACACCAUCGACCAAGUAAGAGCGGUGGCCAAGCGCCCCAACAUCACGUGCUCGCGUAAAUUUGCAGACCCCGGCCAGCUGAACUAUCCGUCCUUCUCGGUCUUGUUCGGGAGCAAGAGGGUCGUGAGAUACACGCGCCAACUGACCAAUGUCGGGGCUGCAGGAUCAGUUUACGCCGUGACAGUGAUGGGGCCAUCGGCUGUGGUGGUGACGGUGAAGCCCACAAAGUUGGUGUUCGCAAACGUCGGGGACAAGAGGAGUUACACGGUGACCUUCGUGUCCCAGAAAGGCACGAAUCAGACUGCUAGGUCGGAUUUCGGUAGCAUUGUCUGGAGCAACGCUCAAAAUGAAGUUCGGAGCCCGGUUGCGUACGCAUGGACCGAAAUCGAAUGAGGAGUUGGCCGAUGUUCGAGGUUGCUUCAUGCUCUGCUUCGGCCUUGAAUCAGCCAGUGCAUUGUGGACGGGCAAAUGGGAAAGGUUGAUCGGAAGAGGACGUGGUGUGAAUAAUCCGUGGUUGAUGGACUAGGGAUUGGCAGCGACUUUGGUGAGUUGAAGGGUGAGGGACAGUGUGUGAGAUUUGUAUUUGUGUGACUGUAAAAGUAAUGUUUUGUAAAACAUCCGGAGGAAAUGAACUCUGGAUGUGAAGCUUCUGGGACCAUUCUCUCAUCAAGAAGAGAGUAUGGAGAGACAACAGUGUUAAUUAAUUACACUUCUAAGAAACUAAUUACAAUGUUAGAUAUCA